AUGGAGGUGUUCUGGGUUCUGGUGACAUUGAAUCUGCUCCAGCUCUUGGCAACGGCCUCAUCAGUUACUACUGAUAACCCAUUGACCUAUGAAGACCUGAUGACCAGUGUGGAAAAAGCCAAGGAGAUAGUGGACAUAGCCUACGAGAGUAACCAACAGAGAACCAACAAUGCCCUGGAGAAUGGUUCUGCCACCCCUUUUGAUUUAAUGAAAUUCCUGAAAGAACCCAGAGGGGGAACCAGGGUGGCCACUCGAGCAGCUGAUUACACAGAAACUACCCUGAAGAUCUUGAAGGAGAAACUUCUGCCCAUUCUGGGGGAUAUGAAUGUCACAGGGGACAUGAGGACAAAUGAGCACUUGGGCAUCAUUGUAUUCCAUACUAUCUUCCUUCGGGAGCAUAAUCGCCUUGUCUUAGAACUUAAGAAGUUAAACCCACACUGGGAUGGAGAAAUAUUGUACCAGGAGGCUCGGAAAAUCGUUGGGGCCAUGAUUCAGAUCAUUAACUACAGAGACUAUCUACCUCUAGUUCUGGGAAAUGAGGCAGAGCAAUACAUCCCUCCCUACACAGGGUAUAAUGAGUCUGUGGACCCAACAGUGGCAAAUAUCUUCUCAUUGGCCUUCCGAUUUGGACAUGGCUCCAUCCCACCCUUCAUAUCCCGCUUGGAUGAAGAGUUCCAGCCAACUGGACCAAACUCCACAAUCCCUCUGCAUCGCACCUUCUUUGCUUCCUGGAGGAUCAUCCUAGAAGGAGGCAUUGAUCCACUCCUCCGAGGUCUAUUAAUCAAUCCAUCCAAGCAAUUGAAGCAGGAUGAGAUCCUGAAUGAAGAGGUCAGAGAGCGGCUCUUUCAACAGACUGAGGUCAUUGGUUUAGAUCUGGCUGCCAUCAAUUUGCAAAGGGGAAGAGACCAUGGCAUCCCAGGGUACAAUGCUUGGAGACGUUUCUGUGGUCUCUCAGAGCCGGAGACUGUGGAGGAGCUUGGUGAUGUUCUUGAGAAUAUGGAUUUGGCUGAGAAAUUUCUGGCCCUGUAUGGGACAGCAGACAACAUUGACCUGUGGAUUGGGGCUAUGGCUGAGCCUUUUGUUCCCGGUGGGAGAGUGGGACCUCUGCUUUCUUGUCUGAUUGGUCGACAGUUUCAGCAGACUCGAGAUGGGGACAGGUUCUGGUGGGAGAAUCCAGGGGUUUUUACUGAUGAGCAGAAAGAAUCCUUGAGUGUUGUUUCCUUGCCCCGUCUGUUCUGUGACAACACCCACCUUCCUACAGUCCCUGUGGAUGUGUUUCAAGUCAACAACUAUCCAGAAGAUUUUAUAAAUUGCACAGAAUUUAUAAAGCUUGAUCUGACUCCCUGGAAAGUCCAAAAUGAAUAG